AUGCGGAUCCAGUGGACAGACCUAAAGACCUUUGAUAUCAUUGGAUCAGGUUCUUUCGGGAGGGUCUUUCACGGAGAGUUGCUUGGGACCGAGGUCGCGAUCAAGGAAUGUGUCCGCUCCAAUUCCAGAGCCUUUGACGAAAAGUACUUUAGACGUGAGGUUGAUAUCCUCAAAGAGUCUAGGCAUCCCAACAUUGUGCAGUUCAUGGGAAUCUGCAAGCGCAAGAAACGAGUUUAUAUUAUCACGGAGUUCUUGCCUCUUGGAAACUUGCGCCGUUGGAUUCAGGACGAAACGAAAGAGUUUGGAUGGGAUACGCGGAUCAGUUUUGCCAUCGACAUCUCUCUGGCCCUGGCAUACCUGCACCAUAAGAACAUUAUCCACAGGGACUUGAAGGGCGAGAAUCUGCUUAUUUCAGAAAACAUGCGAAUCAAGGUGUGCGACUUUGGAUUCAGUCGAGUGGAAGCCAAGGACGACAACGAGAUGCGUAGGAUCAGCUAUUGCGGGACAGACGGAUACAUGGCACCAGAGAUUUUGCUGGGAGAGGAUUUUGACUGCAGCGUCGACGUCUUCUCGUUCGGGAUCGUUCUUGCAGAGAUGAUGGCCCGUCAUGUGGUGGACCCUCAGCACUUUCAGCGUCUUAGCCCCGACUUUAGUGUUUCCUCGGAUGAGAUCCUCUUCCGUGCUCAGGAAGGCUGUCCAGUGGAACUCGGCGAGCUGGCGAUUCAUUGCGUCCAACCUCAACCACGAAAUCGGCCAAAAUUGCGUCAAAUCGUUGAACGACUCACAGCAAUCGAAAACGUCGAUAUCCAUGUGGGCAUACCUGGAGGAGAGCUCAAGUAUCCGUGGAGUGGCCAACACUUGGAGGAUGACGGAUGA